CAUAUCCGUUAUUUAAAUAAAUAAAAUUCAAUAAUAUGUGACAGAUUGGUUUAAAAUUAUUUGUGUAGUACAUACAUUUUUUUUUAAUGCCUAAAAAAGGUAAGGGGAAGGAACCCGCCCCUGCCAAAGCCGCCGCUCCCGGCCCUCCACCCAAGCCUAAAAAGAUUCCUCCACCACCGGCAUGCUUUGGUCCCGAAGACUUAGCGAAAUUCAAAGAAUUAUUUAAAGCGUGUGACGAAGAAAAUAUAGAUAAGGUAAAAAUAGAACAAAUACCAUUCAUGUUACGAAAGCUAGGAUUCAAUCCAAAAAGCCACGAAAUAAAAGAACUCUUCAAAUUAUUUUUGGAAGAUGAUUUAGUUGAUACAGUGGAAUAUCAUGAAUUCCUAUUUAUGAUUGAGGCUAAAAUGAACUGGGGCGAUGAUUUCGAGUUGGCAGUGACGAAAGCAAUGGCGGCGCUUGCACAUGAUGAUGAGCAGGAGAUAGGUAUUGCUGAUUUUGAAACGUUAAGAGAAGAGCUAACAGUCUGGGGUGAGCCUUUAACAGAAAUUGAAUUUGUUGACUGGAUCAAACUAUCAGUGAAAGACAAAACAUACAACAUGGAAGAUGGAACGCUUAAUUACGUUAAGUUUAUAGAGAAUAUGAACGCAAAGGAUGUAAAGUAUAUUAAGGAGCCAAUAAACUUCUACAAGCUGGACCAGAAGACUUUAGCUGCGAUGGCGAUAAAGAAAGCCCAAGAAGAGAAGGAAGAACAGGAAAAGAAAGAUGCUCUCAACAAGGCCAGGGAAGAGGCGAAGAGACAGAAGAUGAUUGCUGAUGGUUUAAUUCCUCCAGAUUAGAUACACGACGGUAACAUUGGUGAUCAAAGUAGACAUUGUAAUGUAAAAAUGUUUCUUUCAAAAUAAUUUUAUGAAAAUUACUCGAGAUAGUAAAUAUGCCACAAAAUUGUAGCGGGUUUCUUGUUUAUUGCUGCUUUUUCAAUACGGUCCAGUAGCU